AUGGUGGAAGGAGAUUCCAACUCCCCCACCUGGAAGUUCACCCAGUGCUUUGGUGACAAGGGAGAUGUCGAGGAUAUCACAGAGGCCGACAUUAUAUCAACUGUCGAGUUCGAUCACACCGGCAAUUACUUAGCGACGGGAGAUAAGGGAGGCCGCGUCGUCCUGUUCGAGCGGAACGAGACGAAAAAAACUUGCGAGUACAAAUUCCACACCGAAUUUCAGUCACACGAACCCGAAUUCGACUAUCUCAAGUCCCUAGAGAUCGAGGAGAAGAUCAACAAGAUUAAAUGGUGCCGCCGCCAGAAUGCUUCCCAUUACUUGCUCUCGACCAACGACAAGACUAUCAAGCUGUGGAAAGUCUUCGAGAAGUCUCUGAAGGUGGUUGCCGAGAACAAUUUAUCGCAUGAUCUAACGCCGGGGAACAUAGUUGGUGUGGGAGCCGGCGCCCCUAGACCUAUCCCCCACUCCCACUUCAAAAAUGCUGGCGAGUUGAAGCUACCGCGCUUGACGCACCACGAUACCGUCGUUGCUGCGGUUCCGCGGCGCACGUACGCGAACGCCCACGCCUACCACAUCAAUAGCAUCUCCGUCAACAGCGACGGGGAGACCUUCAUAAGCAGCGAUGAUCUGCGCAUCAACCUUUGGAAUCUGAACAUCCAGGACCAGAGCUUCAACAUCGUUGACAUCAAACCAGCGAACAUGGAGGAGUUGACCGAAGUCAUCACCGCUGCCGAGUUCCAUCCCAGUAGCUGUAAUUGGUUUAUGUAUGCGAGCUCCAAGGGCACUAUCAAGUUAGCAGACAUGCGAGAGAGUGCCCUGUGCGACCAGCAUUCGAAGCGUAUGCCCUCCUCUCCUCCCUCCCAUAGCGAGGAGGAUCUGUCGUCGAGAUCAUUCUUCUCCGAGAUCAUCUCGUCUAUCUCCGAUGUGCGCUUCUCGUACGACGGCAGGUACAUCUUGUCUCGGGACUAUCUUACAGUCAAGAUUUGGGAUGUGAACAUGGAGCGACAGCCGGUAAAGACCAUACCUAUCCACGAACACCUAAGGCCGAGGCUCUGCGAUACCUAUGAAAAUGACAGCAUAUUCGACAAGUUUGAAGUGGUCUUCUCCGGCGACGCGAAGAAUGUGAUGACCGGAAGCUAUAACAAUAACUUCAUGAUCUAUCCGUCAGAUCCAGAGAAGGAGAUCGAGGUCGUGUUGCAGGCGGAUAAGUCAGCCUUCAAAGCUAAAAAGGUAGGUGUGCCGACGCCUAUCAACUCCUCGACUAGUCCUACGGCCACGAAUGGUGGUAAGAAGGGCGGGUCUCGCGCGGGUAGCCCGGCGGCCGGAGCGGGUCAAGGACAGAGGAUGCGAAAGGAGACAGACGCAGACCAGAUCGACUUCAACAAGAAGAUCCUACACAUGAGCUGGCAUCCCUACGAGGACAGUAUAGCCAUCGCCGCGACGAAUAAUCAUCCAACUCUAUCCCGACCUCUACCCAAAUCCUCUACCUCAAUGACGGGCCGGUCAACGCGUAGGAGACGCCCUACCCUACGAGAAUCUCACGCGGCUUCACGAAUUGGCUCCGUCAUGACGCCCAAGGUGAUCAAUGCUGGUCCUUCCCUCGAGAAGGCCGAGCUGUACGGCAUAGAUGAUCAGCGGCCGACCAUAUCCAAACUCACGGGCCUCGCUGGCCGCAUCCUCAUCGAGACGAUCCCGCAAUGGCUCGCUGUGGGGGCCAUGCUGGGUCUGAUCUUCGGCGGCUGCUGCUCUAACGUCUUUGCUCUGGAGGCCAUAGUCAACGGGACGCUUCUGACCUUCGUGCAAUUCCUCUUCGUUGCGACCACAGGAUAUGUAUCCCAGUUCGAUCCGACGCGUCCGCCCUUCUUCCUCAGGCAGAACCAGGUUCCGAUCGCUCGCUGGCUGGUCAACAUAGUGCUCUUCUUCAGCAUCAACGUGCUGAACAAUCACGCGUUCAGCUAUGAUAUCUCCGUACCGGUUCACAUCAUCCUACGGUCUGGAGGUAGUAUCACCACGAUGAUCGCCGGCAGCCUAUAUGGGAAAAGAUACUCUCGCAUCCAAAUUAUCGCUGUACUCCUGCUUACGGUUGGUGUUAUCAUAGCCGCGUGGUCAGACGCCCAGAGCAAGGCAAGAACGAUUUCCUCCAGCCCCUCGUCCCUUGAGGCUAAGCCCAGUUUCAGCACGGGUCUCGCUAUCCUCCUCGUCGCGCAGAUUCUAUCGGCGAUGAUGGGCUUGUACACCGAAGAGACAUACAAGGUAUACGGGCCACACUGGAAGGAAAACUUGUUUUACUCCCACCUGCUCUCGCUGCCGCUCUUCCUCCCCUUCUCGCGGUCUUUGAUCAAUCAGUUCUCGCGUCUAGCGGACAUCCGCCAACAGGUCGAGAGAAUCCGCGUGCCCAGUCAGGUAGCCUAUUUGGGUCUGAACGUUCUGACACAAUAUGCCUGUAUUCGCGGCGUUAAUCUCUUAGCUGCCGCAUCCUCUGCACUAACUGUUACCAUCGUCCUCAAUAUUCGCAAGUUAGUCAGCUUACUCUUGAGCAUAUGGCUCUUCGGAAAUCGCUUAGCUACAGGAACCCUGAUAGGCGCCAUCGUCGUCUUCUCUGCGGGUGGUCUUUACUCUUUAGAUUCUAAAAAACCAGCUCCUAAGUCGAAAAGUCAAUGA